AUGGUUUACAUUAUCACAAAUAUAGUUAGGAUAUCAAUAAUGCGUGCCCCUGCCCUUGGAGUUAAUAAUUACUAUUAGGUGAAUAUUUCUCGUUACCUUCUUUUAUAGAAAUUUAUCACGGCAAUUACUAGUAUUUGUGUUGCUUUUCUUUCUUAGAUCAUUCAAUACACGAUGUGAUCAUGCUCAAUCUUACAUCCGUAUUUGUUAACUCUUGAUCUAACAUAUAUGAAUUUAAAUUUUACAUAAGUAAAGCUGUUUUUCAUUUUUUAACUUCUGGUUUGUUUGCUUACCCCAGAAUUACAUUGUUGGAGCUUUCAAGCCACCAUGCAACAUUUCAGUCGAAUUUGUUGAUAGUAAAACACGCAAGGAGGUAGAGAACUUUGCAUAUUACUGUCUAAAUUUAAUAUAUAGUGGCCAAAUAUCCCAUAUUUAAAAUGUUUUCUUUAAUUUUUUUUAUAAUGAAAGGUAGUGUAUGUAUUAGUGGUCAGUCCUGGAAGAGGAAGGAGUGCAAUACUGAAAUCAAUAAAAAUUGUCACAGCUAGUUGACAUGUUACAUGCCUGUUUGAUUUCUGCAACCAUUUUUCGUAAAACUAGUUCCAUUAUGGUAUCACAUGUUCUGAUAAUGUUCAGUUUAUCUUCUCAUUAUUCGCAUGGUUUAUAUCUUAUACUCAUUCAAUAAGGCAAACUCUGGGAAAUUACUGUUUAUGAUGUUCUGUGAUAUGUACAUCCAGUAACUUAUCAGGUAGCAUUACAAAUUUUAAAUUUUCCUGUAUUAGUUCUGAUAAUAUUCUCAUUAGAACAUCUGUGAUGAGAACUGAGUCGAAAUUCCAACGAAUCAAGCUGUCAUCUUGCUUUUUACAUUCUUAUCACCUAGUCUUUCAUAGAAUGCUAAUUGGAAUCGACUAAACUUUUGGUCAAUAUUGUAACUUCAUGGUUUAUAUAGCUAGAUUUAUUUAGGGAUUUGGCUGAUCCUCUGAACCUAGUGAGAAUUUGUCUAUUAUACAAUGUUGUCAAGAAAAGGCUGAUCCCAUGGUUUACAAUAGAUUGACGGAUAAUUGUGAAAAAUAUUCUCGUAUUCUCAGAUCCCAUGGAGGUGAGAACCCUUUCCCUUUUGUCUAUUCAGAUCCUUUCACUGUAGCUUUUCCUUUGAAAAUCCUGCAGCAUUCCUGUCACACCCUCUUCACUGAAAAGUGCAUUAAUAGAAAGUAACCUGGAGGUUCAUUUCACAUGUAGAAGGUUUUUUCAUUUCCUGUUUGUCACUGUAUUUUCAUUCCUUCGUAUUAUUAAUAGAUAAAUAUUUUUUGUACUGACUCAAAGGUUUCUUCUUGGGCCUCUGGGACUCUUCCUAUGAUUAACUUCCCCAUGGAUCAAGCAGUGUGUUUUGAAAAAACUUCCGCCUAUGUCCCUCCUCUCAACAGUUGAUGCAAAAUGUUCUUUCCACUGUUGAGACAUUCCCUCUAUCACUGUCUACCUGGUUCAGCAGUUAUUGAUUCUUAGCUUCAACCUUUCUCUUUAUAUCCACCGUAAUUCGCUACUUUUCACUGACUUCUCAGUACAUUUUGGAGGAUUUUCUUUAAAGUAAAGUCAAUGCUCCAUCUGGGAGAGACAUGUCUACUGAUAUUGGAAGGAGGGCAUUAGGCAAUGGCCUCGAGUUGAUUGUGGGACUAAAGGUUGAAGGGAGGGGGGGUUAGGAUGCCAGUUAUGUUCAUUGGCUGUGAGCUGUAGGGCAUUCCUACUGCUGAUUUGGGAUUCCACUUACCAUGGCUUACCAUGGCUAAAUUACAAAGUUAGAUGCAAAAGAUCUCAUACAGAAAAUUGAAAGAAGGAUGGCAGGAUGGAAAUGAAAACUGCCCACCUUCCAUGGGAAAUCAGUUCUUUUGUCAAGUCGUUCUAUGAAGCUUACAAACUUAUUAUUUAUCCUUCUUCUGGCUUUUGAACGGUGUGGCUAGAGGGAAUAUAAAUAAUGCAAAGAAUACUCCUCUGACAUGCCAAUCCGGCCUGAUGUGUAUACUAAAGUCAUUAUGAAGCUAUAGAUGCUCGAAAACUUAUUGGUUUAACUAAUGAGAUUUGGUUUAGUUGAGGUUUAACUGUUUCAAGUAGUAACUUCUCACUUGCAGCUGCCACAGGGUCCUAUCGAAGGGUGCAAAGUAUAGUGUAGCGAAUUUCAGUUUAACAUUAAUAUUCUCAUAUCAGAAGGUGCCUUUUGGUAGAUUUUUUACGCAGGAUAGAAUAAGAAGUUUCUGGUAAGAUCAGCUGUGUAGCUCAAUUCUCUAGUAGUUACUCAAGCUGCUUGGCUUCUUUCAAUUAGUCUGAAGGGAAGGGGACGGUUCAUCCAUAUGUUUUUUCCUUCUGUUUUUUGUAAUAGUCGUAACACAUUUUCGGUAUGCAAGGAGAGCAUGAUACUUGUUAGGUUGACUGAUGAUAGCCUUGUAUUUUUGCGAAUAAUAUUUCCUUUAUUUAUUAUUUCUUCCAUUGCUUUUUUUCAUACAUGUUUCUCAUUUAGUCCAGAAAAUGGCCUAAUAUUUAUUAUGGCACAUGAUGCAUGGUUAAAGGCUGGGAGUCUUUAUAUAAGUGCUUCCUUCUGGAGAUCAGAAAAUAAAAGUAUUUCUUAUUAGUUUUCUGACAGAGUUGCGGAAAAGUUUAAAUAUUUUGAAAACAUAGCAUGCUUCAUGAUUAGAGGAAGCGUUCCAUAGCCAAUAGUUGUGUUUGGUUCAUUCACACCCUAAAUAUUUCUAGAAAUGUUUUCCUUCUGUGCUCUAAAAUUCUUGCCUAUUAUUAUCUACGUUUAUGUUUUGCAGGUUCCCAUGAAAAAGGAAAAUGGGAAAACAGAAAUGGUUCCUCUUUUUCGAAGCCACGAAAACAUCUCUGGGGAGGUCUUGUUCUUAUUGCUAACUUUCAAUUCUCAAAUAGUGGUUUUAAUUUUCCCUUGUUGCUGAUUAAUGGCUGGGUAGGAUUAUCAAGUGACAUGCUGCAUCUGUGACCUCACAGGUUUCGAUUAAGCCCCUAAGUGGGAAAAAGAUUGAACACACUGGUAUCAAAAUUGAGCUUCUUGGUCAAAUUGGUAAGUACCACCCAGAUCAUCCAUCCUAGAUAAUUAAUCCGACAUUGGUAUAUUAUUUUUACAUUCUCUUUUUUCUUUCCCAUAUGGUAAAAAUAUAAGAAUCCUCCUGUGAACGUAGAAACAACAAUUCUUCUCUUGAAAAUAAGCUGAAUCAUAUUAUUAAGAUAUUUACCUUCUUUUUGAGUUACAACGUAGGUACCACAAGAGCGAAAUUAACCAGUACAUUAUUGAUAAGAAUCCAGAUCAAAGAACUACGAAUAAUUUGUAUUAGAUGAAAAAACAAUCUCUAGAACAGAAAUACCAAAGGUUAAAUAAGGUAAAAGAACCCAGAACAGAUGGAGGGUUGCAUACAACCGUCCAACCCUUUCUCGUAGAUGCAUAAGAUAGUAACACCGAUUUUCCUUUUCCCCUUCCUUCCUGAUCCGCCCAUCCUUAGAUCCUCUCCUUUCCCUCUCUUAUUUAGGCAGUUAGUCUUCUGUCAUAACUGCUCUUGCCAUAACCGCUCUUUGCCAUAACCGCUCUUUGCCAUAACUGUUCCUUGUCAUAUUGUUCCUUGCCAUACCUGUGCCUUCCCUCAAUCAUGCUAACUGUUAUUGACUUAUUAGGCUUUGGGCCUUCUUCCUUCUAGCAUAUGUGCGUGGAACCUUAUCAAUAAGCUGUAUCCUAUUAUUAAGAUAUUUACCUUCUUUUUGAGCUACAAUGUAGGUGCCACGAGAGCGAAAUUAACCAGUACAUUAUUUGUAUGGUACAUAAUAGUUUUUCAAUGUAGUGGAAAUUAGUCUGUUAUUUCUUACACUUUUAUAACACUUACUUCGCCUAUGAUUUCAUGACUGUCGAUCAAUAGACAUUUGUCACCAGGUUGUAUUUCGUGAUGUUCCAUCACCAGUGGUAGUUUCUGAAUUUAUUCCAUGUUUUAUGCUUAAAUUUUAAGCUAUUAUAUAAUAUUUCAAUGGUGUUUGGUAUGUAGGAAAACAGAAAUGCAAACAUGUUCUUUUAGAACCUGACACAUGUGCCACACCUAGUUUUUUGAAGUCUCUCCCCUGCUGCAAAAUGUCUAUACUCAUGCAUUUCUUUCCUCAGAGUUAAUGCCCUUUCUGGUGUUGAGAUUCCUCAACUUCCAGUGGCUCAGCGUUAGCCUUCAUGGGAAAACUAGCACCUUCGGUUUGUGACCUGAAUAAUGUGCCAUUUUGGGCUACGAUGAGUUUGUUACCUUUAUUUCUUAAAAUAUGCUGCGGUUCAACUAUCAGGUUUAUCCACUAAGUGUAGAGGCUUUAGUCGGGCAUGUUCCCCAUCCAGUUUCUACUACUUAGCAUAUACGACUUCCGGGCUUCAUUCCAAUGCCUUAAUUUCCCCGAUCAUCUCUAGCACCUUCAACUUAAGAUACCUUAAAACCUUACAUCUGAAGCCCAAAUCAAAGCUUUCUCUUCCUGAAAAACUUCAUAUAGUCUUCAAUCUCUUUCGCUCCAACCACCAGUGAGGAUUUUAUUCAACUGCCCUAGAAUUGGGUGAGAUCUGAUUCCUUCCAUAUUUCCCUGUAUAUGUCAUCCACUGGGGCCAUCAGUGACAAUGCUGUCAGUUUAUUUGUCUCAACUACCAUUGCAAACACUUUCUACCGCAGUCGUUGAUCUCGACUGGUUCUGGCACCUCCACCUUCAUCUUGUUGCUGAAUGUUGAAAGAAUGAACACAGAGACAUUCAUCAUUCCCAACUAUCCCAGUUUCUCCUAUCGCCCUUCCCCCCCUCAUACUUCUGUGGAUGGUGCACGGGAGAAUUUAUAUGACUAGUCUUGUAUUUUAUUUUUCAUGCUUUCAUAUGUGAUUUCCCAUUCAGUUAUAUCCUUCAAAUCAUUGUGUAUUAUAUCACCUUACACAAUUCAUUUUAAAUUCGUGAACGUGUUUUGAUUGUUUCUAUUUUAAUAUUCUGCAGAGCUUUACCUCGACAGAGGCAACUUUUAUGACUUUACGUCACUAGGUAAGUUUGAUUUAUGUUGGGACUACAGUCAGAUAUUCUGCAGUUCGUUCUAUCUUUGCUAAGGUUAAGUUAGAUUCGAGUUGACUCUUGAAGACUUUUGAUUUUUUUUUAUAUCCCUUUCACCUACUCUUAGCCAUUUUCCUGCAUUCAGUCUCUGCCAUUUUUUAGCGUUCUCCCCCCUCCCCCUAGUUUGCAUAUUUUGAUUUAUUAAAAGGUAAUUGAUGAGUGCAUCCUAUAUGUAUUCAUUUCUCUCGCGUGAUCAUGUCUUGACUAUUUGUUAGACUUUAGCCAGUAUCAUAUCAUCGAGAAAGCCCAUAAAAAAGGGAAAGUUCGAAUUUACCCUUGGGAGAUAUAGCUGGAGUUACUUUAAUCGUGGAAAAUGUAUUCGAAUAUCUCGUUUUGAGUUUCGCAUGCCCUUCUGAGUGAUUCCCGGCAGUCUUGAUCUGCCUUGCGUUUUCUAUCAAAUGCUUUCUAUUUGUAAAGAAAAAUGUCUGGUCAUUUUUCUUCACCGCUAAAUAUUCUCGUUCCUUUUGCCCAAUGAAUGUGCAUCUGUACAUCCAAAACAAAUUGGAUGAUUGGCCUUGGUCCUAGCAUUCAGAUAUCAGUGUGUGGAUUGCUCUAAUUUAAUUUUUGUUUCUUUUUUUGGCAGUGCGUGAAUUGGAGGUUCCAGGAGAAAUAUAUGAAAAGAAGGCGUAUCGUUUUGAAUUCUCGACGGUUGAAAUGCCAUACGAGUCAUACAGGGGUGCGAAUGUGCGGCUUAGGUAGGACAUUGGAUUCAAUUUCCUGUUUCUCAAAUAAAAAAACGGUUAUUUUUUGUGAUAGCUGGUUAGUGUCAUAGAUCAAGAUGAAUUGGUAAACCUUGGUAUAUUCGUCCAUACCUUAGAAUCUUUGUAUCUCAAUGUUAACUUUGUUUGAAGUUAACAGUUUGUUUUAAAGCUGUCGUACUUUUAACUGCACAUUGAAAUAUGAACGACCAUGUUGACAAAGGACGAAAUAAAAAUGGUUUGACAGUCUUGGGAGACUUAGACACCAACAGCGAAAAAAUAAUGGUGGCCCUGAUGUUCUCAGAAGGGCGAGAAAUUGACAUGAAUUUAUAUUUGGGCUAUGUGGUUUUAGAUCCUGCAAAAUAUGAGUUUUUUUAUAAUAUCUGGGUUUUUCAGUGAUCUAAAACCAAAUACCUAAAGAAAAAACUGAUGCUAAGUUUUUGUAUUUCCUUCUGAUAAUAUCAAGGCCUACCUCCUUUCUUCACCCUAAUCUCAUGUCUUAGUAUCCCUCCUGAUAGACUGAACCCAUCCAUAUUCUUGGCCCAAGUCUAGUCAAAACCACAUUUCCAAAUGUGUGAUGGAAAUGUCUAGAAAAUGGGUGCCUAAAUUAUAUACGGCCCUUUACAUGAUAGCACUGGCUCUUUUACUUUGAACUGUUCUGCACUUCCGCCUUCACCACUGGAAUGUGUUUCCCAUAAUGGCAAGUAACCAAGAAAAUUGGAACUUUCAGGUAUGUUUUGAAAGUCACAGUUAGUCGCAACUACAUCGGCAACAUUGUGGAAUUUCAAGACUUCUGGGUAACACUUUUUCACUCAAUUGUGUACAACCUUGAAUUUUUAUGGCUGGAUCUUACGGAGAUUUCUUCUACUGCUUAUGUCUAAAUUUUUCCGAUAUGAAAUGUGCUUUGGCUCUGAAAACAAAAGAAUUUUGAGCAGUGACCAUGUUUUCUAUCAUAAAUGAUCUGAAAUCAUAAAUGUACACCAAAGAAUUAUGUAUACCCAUGUUUUCUAUGAAAUAAUACAGGUAAGUGCCAUUAUUGCUUACUGCUCACUUAAAACGAAAGUAUCUAUAAGUAUCAUUUUUUUACUCAUUUUCUUAGUUUUUCUCUAUAAACAAGCUGUUAACUUUGGCCUAACUCAUCCAAGAAUCAUGAUUAUAAGAAUAUUCUAUGAGCCUUCGUGAUAUCCAAAUUUUAUGAAUAAACUAUAUUAUGCCUCAUCGUUGCUGACAUUGUGCCAUGUAUUGUUGUCUAUCAACUUUGAAUCAUGAUUCCAGCUGUGAAUCCUAAAUUUCUCUGAGAUAGUCUGCAUAACGAUAUGAUAUAUAGUCAUUUGUUUCCUUGGAUAUUUACUGUGUGUUGUUUUUUGAACUCUGAGGCAAUUAUUUCAUUUACUUUAUAUCCAUUAUUUUAUCAUUUUAUCCUCAGGUCCAGAACUACACUCCACUUCCAACCAUUAACAACAGCAUCAAGGUCAGUAAUCUUUCAUGGGCUGUGAAAUUCAUCUCAGCAUCGCAAUUGACUGGCUGGUUGUGUUGUUAAGGGUGUUGAUGAGCUGAUUAAGGCUUUGGCCCCGCCUGGCUUUUCUUUACUUGUGCCUCAAUCAAGCCCAGUAAGAAAAGUGGGCCUGGCCCGAUUUCUAUUUAGGCUUGGCUGGUCUUAACAGCUACUGGCCUGAGCCUAUUUUAUGGGGUUUUCUCUAGGCUGCGUGUUGGUCUUGGCCUGGUAAAAAGAUGCUUAUUUUCUGUCUAGGAUUGUCAAAUGGACACCCUGGUUACUGUUUAAAUCCUCUGAACAUUGAUAUUUCCGUACAUUUCCAUGUUUCUAUGGUAAAUUUCCUUCACUGCCCUCACACAUUUGCAUCAAGAAUUAUAUAUUAGGUGUCUUAAUGUAUCAAUUAAUGACUCUUGGCAUUUUCUCAUCAGGACCGGAUAGAGUAUUUCUCCUCUAAUACUUCGCCUUGUACUGAUAUUUCUCAUGUCCGCUCGGGCAGAUGGAAGUGGGGAUUGAGGACUGCCUGCACAUUGAGUUUGAAUAUAACAAGAGCAAGUGAGUUUCCCUUCAUGGUUUGAGUUUAGCUCCUCGUGGGUGGAGAGCAGAAGGAUUUUUUUUUCUUCUUUUUGUGGAGAUAAAUUUAAUUCUUGUACAGGUACCAUCUGAAGGAUGUGAUCAUAGGCAAAGUGUAUUUUCUUCUCGUGAGGAUCAAGCUAAAGAACAUGGAACUUGAGAUCAGGCGGAGGGAAUCCACUGGGUCUGGGCCAAGCACAUACGUUGAGACAGAGACACUCGCAAAGUUUGAGCUGAUGGAUGGUGCGCCGGUGAGAGGUAUGUUGAUAGAUUUUAUUUCAUAUUUUCAUGAUUCAUUUUUUCCUUUGUUUUGUUCUGGUUCCUGUCAUCUGUUCUGGUAAAACCUUGUGAUGCAUUGGAAGCCGGGAAUUUUCUUCUGAGGAGAAUGACUGUGGGAUGGGCAUGUAGUUAUUGUGGUUCUGGAAGGGCAUAGUUGCAUUUAAUUUCAUGUUACUUGCUGCAUAAGACCCAAAAUCUUUGAAGUAUCUAAUUAAAGAAAAUAUGAGUCUAAAUGUGACAUGAAUGAGGAUGUUAAUAUGAGUUUUUAGAUAGUCAUGGAACUGAUGUAUGAUUUCAUCUUCCUAGGAUGAUUUCAUUAGAAAUGAUCUCAAUGUAAUGAUGUAUGAUUUCCUUUAAGGUGACUUUUAUCCAAAAUGUUUUCUUGGAAGUGGGAACUCUUUUUGGGUACUGCUCAGUGUAGAAGGAAUGCAUGUCUUCAUCUUGGAGUGAUGGGCUCAAUUUUAGCAUCAUUAAUGAGAAUAUAAUAUAUAUAUAUAUAUACAUAUAUAUACAUAUGUAUAGCUAUAUAUACUUAAGUGAGAUAUGCAUAAGUCGCAUAAGAUAUGCAUGCCCAUGUUUCUAAGGGUGGUUGUGAGCUCUUGAUGUCUGGUCAAUUUGUUUUGCGUUUGGGUAGCAAUACCCAUAUAAUGAUCAACAAUGUAUUAAAUUUCUUCCUUAAACCGAAUUUUAGAUUAUUUGGUAAAAGGAAUUGACUUUGGGCCUGUUUAGUGUAAGCUGUAUUGUGGUAUAACUUAUAAUCAUUUAUCUGAAAAACAUUGACUUUAUGAUGAUCCUGAAUUCCCCAAGUCAACAUCGUUGUUUCCUUAUAUAUCCGUUUUCACAGGCGAAUCGAUUCCAAUUAGAUUGUUCCUGAGCCCGUAUGAGUUAACACCAACAUAUCGCAACAUCAACAACAAAUUCAGCGUAAAGUACUACUUGAACAUCGUCCUUGUGGAUGAAGAGGACCGGCGCUAUUUCAAGCAGCAAGAGAUCACCAUGUACCGCCUACAAGAGGAUUCUGGAAGCUCUAGUGAAAGUUGA